UGGGAGCCAAAGACAAAAUAACCUCAACAACUUUUCUUCCUACACUCAGUAAUCAACGAAGAAAAUUCCAAAGCUAAAAGUCAAUAAGGGCACCCUCUUUCCUUUCUCCCUCGUUUUGCCCCUCAAAAAACUCUUCUUCCUUUGGGGUUUCAUCUUGUAUAACAGCUACUGUACAAUAGGCUUUCUCUUUUUUAAACAAGAAUUGGGCAAUUCAAGUCUCGGUCGACUCUGGGUGUGUGUUUUUUUUUAAAUUCCUGGGGAAGUGGGUGUUUUUGGUGGAUCGGUAAAAUGUUUCCUUUUAGAUGUUGAGUGUUAGCAAAUUUGGGGAUUGAAUUAUAUGGAUAAUCUAUGUUGCUUCAACUCUGUGUAUUCUCAGUUUGUUGGAGGACGUUCUUCAUGUAGCUCCGGGAAGGGUAGAAGCUGUUACCGCCCUGUCAAGUACGGCUUCGCCUUAAUGAAAGGAAAAGCGAAUCAUCCGAUGGAGGAUUAUCAUGUCGCAAAGUUCGAUCAACAUCGGGGUCAUGAACUCGGACUUUUUGCUAUAUUUGACGGCCAUUUGGGAAAUAGUGUACCUGCGUAUCUGCAAAAGCAUUUGCUUCCCAAUAUCUUAAAGGAUGAAGAGUUUUGGACUGAUCCCAGCAGGUCGAUCUUGAAAGCUUAUGAGAAGACGGACGAAGCAAUUCUUUCACACAGUACAGACUUGGGACGAGGGGGAUCGACUGCUGUCACUGCAAUUUUGGUUGAUGGGGGGAAACUAUGGGUAGCAAAUGUCGGGGAUUCGCGUGCCGUUCUCUCAAAGAAAGGGCAGGCAAUUCAGAUGAGUAUCGAUCACGAGCCCAACAUGGAGCGGGGAAGCAUCGAGAACCGAGGUGGAUUCGUCUCGAACUUGCCAGGAGAUGUAGCAAGAGUGAACGGCCAACUCGCUGUUUCCCGUGCUUUCGGAGACAAGAACCUUAAAUCACACCUCAGAUCCGAUCCGGAUGUACAGAAUGCCGAUAUCGACGUGAAUACCGACCUUCUCAUCCUUGCAAGUGAUGGACUCUGGAAGGUCAUGUCGAACCAAGAAGCAGUCGAUAUAGCGAAAAAGACCAAGGAUCCGCAGCGAGCGGCGAAACAGUUAGCGGUGGAAGCGUUGAACAGAGACAGCAAGGAUGAUAUCUCUUGUAUUGUCGUUCGGUUCAAGGGGUGAACGGGAACCGAAUACGACCGGAAACAGUUCCACAGUUGAGUAAUAUAGGAAUCAUCAAUGGACAAACACCUUUGUAAAAUUAAUGUUCUCGUGUGGCUUGAUAUUGCUUGAUUUCUUCAAUUUGUAGAUGAUUUAUUAUUAUUAUUAUUAUUAUUAU